AUGCAGAUCAUCAUAUCUGCGGCUGUCAUUGUACUUUCUGUUAUCCUUUUUCGCGUAAAGUGUGUCUCCACUCAGAUCAAGGGUCCAAUCAACAAUUCAAAAAGAAAAGCCUCUGAGCUUCCUCCAAAUCCAAGCAAGAAGACCGCCCCCAUCGAGGCACUGAAUGACUUGAAUUGGAAGUUAAUCGAACGGCGUAGGCAGCGUGUGUUCAAGCCUAUAUACAACAUCUCUAUGGGCAUCAAGAGAGACACUCCAUCGGAGCAUAUCACUAUAGACGAAGGCUAUCUCGAGCGCAUCUACCACCGAAAGGAGCUGAUAGCGGCCUAUCCAGACACAGUUCUUGGCUUUAUUUCUGGCGGCGAGGAACCAGUGCGAGAACUAUACAGUUACAUGCUAACCGACUACCUCCCCGUUCGCUUCCCCGCCAUGUUCCAGCUUUCGAACAACGGACAUGAUUUCACAAAUCUGGUCACAGGCCAAAUCUACCCAAUCCAAGCACCAAUCGAUAUCAAAGGCGCACUCCGCAGCCUGGGCGAGAUCGUAGAAGAAGAGCUCUUUCUGCUCACGCCGUCUCCAAGUGGCCACCGCGUGGUGGCCUAUAUUUGCUGCUUUCCAUCGGGAUUCAACCCCGCUAGAUUACUCGGUCAGAAUCUCGAUAGCAUACACAAACCUGUGCCCGGAUACGAAAAAAUCGGACCAAGCAUGGAACGCUACCUCCAGAGGUUGGAAAUCGACAAGCCAGUGAAGCGGUCAAAUUGGACAGUGCAGCAGCACCCCGAAUUGCUCGACUGCGAAGUCAACGACCGUCUCAAAAAACUACGAACCUACAGGAAAUCAAGAAUCAGAUAUGAAACACGUGAAUCCCCCUACCUCUCGAAAACACUCGCCCGCUUACCGCCACAGACGUUCCUCCGUUCAGAACUCCAAACACUCAGUCGCUUGCCUAAGACCGGAGCCGUUCUCUUCACUAUCAAGACAUACAUGUAUAACAUCUGCGAGAUCAAGGAAGAGGGGAGAGGAUGUGAGUUUGCAGAGGCUAUUGAGGGCCUAAGGAAGGGGAAUGUGCCGGGUAUGUGGGAGUAUAAGGGGGCGGAGCGGUGGGGGGGAGAUGGUGUGCAAGUAUCUUCUCAGUGA